AUGUGGUGCUCCCACAGCAACCUAUCCAGUGUUCUCGAAAGCCUAAAAUCUAUCGGCAACUACAUAACCGUCCCCAUCGAUGAGCUAAUCCUGGAAAGCAAUUACCUACCGUCCUUACCAGGCAGAGCCUUCGCCCCUUUAAAAAUCCUACGGCUGAUGCUCCGACACAAUUCCCUUGAGCGAGUAUCAACAGACUGGCUGGCCAAUUUAGAAUCCAGCCUGAUGGAGCUAUUCCUGGUAGAGCCCAAGCUGACCAGCCUGCCGCAAACCUCGCUGGAAUCCUUAAAGAAACUGAAAGCCGUCACCAUACGGUCCGGCCUGCUGAAGAGACUGCCGAUGUUCUCGGGCUUGCCUCUGUUGAGGUACGUUCAAAUCGAAUCCUCGUCGCUGGUCGAACUCGCCCCGUCGAAUUUCAAAGACAAUCCCUCGCUGGAGAAGCUGCACAUUCAGUCCGGCGCUCGAUUGAGUCGGCUGCAGGCCAAUCUCUUCGACAAUCUGCCCAAGCUGGAGCUGAUAAACAUAACACGUUGCGGCAUUAAUUGGAUACACCCGAGGACGUUCCGCAGGUUGCCGCAUUUGAAGGAAUUAUCGCUAAUAGGCAAUAAAAUCACGGAUCCCGGUAUGGUCGGUAGAGCGAGCAGGGAAUUACCGGAGCUGGAAAUUUUGCGGCUCGAUUACAAUUACGUGGGUACCAUAGACGAGGCUUCCUUCGUCGAUAUGCCAGCGAUAAAGGAUAUAUUUUUAUCGAACAACGUCAUUGGCGAAAUCAGGAAAGGAGCCUUCCACAGGUUACCCGUUUUGAAGAAAUUGGAUUUGAGCAGGAAUAUGUUGAGAAGGAUUCAAAGGCAAAGCUUUCUGCAACCUAUCGGUUUGGAGGAAUUAAACUUGAACCACAACGAUAUCACUGACGUGAUUCACGUUAGAUCUGUUUUAGAGGAUUUACCGAAACUCAUCUACUUGGAUCUUAGCUACAAUAAAUUAGAUGCUAUAACUUUCGGAUCGUUGACAGGCCAUUCGGCUUUGGAGCAAUUAAAUUUAGGCUAUAAUAAACUGCAGCAUAUAGAUAAGGAAGCUUUCGUAUUAAUGCCAGCUUUGAGGGAACUUAUUCUAACCAAUAACUCGGUGAUCGAUAACUUGAGAGUACCCUUCUGGAAUCUGCCCGCUCUAAAGGGUCUAGACAUGUCUCAGAACUACCUUAAAAGAUUAGAGCACAACCUCCUGGACAACGUGGGAAUGCUAAGACGGGUAGAUUUGAGUUCGAAUCAUCUGAACUUCAUCGAUCCUGAAUCCUUUUUGCCCGCAUCGCUUCUAGAACACGUCAAUAUAUCUUCCAACAAUUUGAACUUCCUCCAUCCGAUUACGUUCAGGCAUUUAACGCAGCUGUACGAAUUGGAUGCCAGCAGGAAUCGCUUAAGGAAUCUGAUACCCGGCUUGCCUGGCAACGUCGAGCACCUUCAUCUAAGGCACAACGAAAUUUCGAAGAUUUCUACGGAAGACUUACACCUGCCCGCCCUCAGAUUGCUGGAUCUGAGCGACAAUAAGAUACAAAGUCUCGACGAAGGGCGGCUGAGGUCUUUGGGUAAAUUGAAGAAAUUAUACCUAAGAUCUAAUUACAUGCGGCAUGUGUCGGAGAAAGCUCUAGAUGGUUUGCUGCAGUUGGAGAUUCUGGACAUCAGCGAUAACCGAAUAUCAGAAAUUAACCCGUUAUCCAUGAAAUUCGUAACGGAAUUGAAGAUUUUAAACAUGGCCAAUAACCAGUUGUCGCUAAUUGGCCCUUCAUUGUUGAGCCAUGCUAAGAAUUUAAGGAAAUUUAACGCCAGUAAUAACCAAUUGGCCGAGGUCCUACCGCACACAUUCGAUGCUAAUCAAAACCUGCAAGAAGUGGACUUCUCCAUAAACCUUAUAGUGCAAUUUCCGGGCAGCCUUUAUGGUUUGGAAAAAUUGAAAAAACUGGAUUUGAGCAGGAACCGUUUAAAAAGCAUCAACUCCACCAUAGUAUCAAGUUUGACCGACUUAAGAGAGAUAAAACUCAGCAAAAACUACGUGCAGAUAUUGGAAGCUGAUACAUUUAAUCACUUGCGGCAUUUAAAGGCUAUUUAUUUGGACGACAACGAGAUAUCUCUAGUGGAAUCGAAUUUUAUAAAAAUGUUACCAUCUUUGAAAUCGAUACAUUUGAAUAGAAAUCAAAUCGAACAACUACCCAGUUACGCUUUCAACACUUUGCUGUCUCUUCAAAACGUGGAAUUGCAGGAGAACAAGCUGCGAUUUAUAGACCCUCAAGCGUUCCAUUUGGUACCGCAAUUAUUGACUUUAAAUCUAACCCAUAACGAAAUAUACAAUAUCGAGGAUGUUGGCUUGAAAAGCAUAAAAUCUUUAGAACUUCUAGACGUAAGUUUCAAUAAAAUUACUAAGCUCCGCUCGAACUUGGACGAUUUGGAAUGGCUUGUUGAAUUGAGGCUACAGAAUAACCUAAUAUGCGAGGUAGAUGAAGGAGUAUUCGGUAACGUGCCCAGGUUGAAGGUGCUAAACUUGAAGAAUAAUAAAUUACUGAGUUUUCCUGAAGUCGCAGUCGACAGGCUAAGGGAAAAUACGGCUCAGUUGCAAGUUACAGGAAAUCCAUUGGAUUGUUCUUGCGACAUGUUAUGGCUCAAAUCGUGGCUCAGAGAAUCGUCUCAAACAAGUCCCAGAUGCUCCGAUGGCACUCUUCUCAGGGAGAUGCCUCUUACACCUGUAGAUUGUCCAGCGGGCAGGCGAAGAGAACGGGUUUCGACAGGUUGUGAGGCUGAAUUCCUAGGCGCUCCAAACAUGAACCAACAAUUACUUUCCAAGUACGCCAGUUUGCGAAACUUCAGCACCGCUGGUAAAAACAAUCUACCGCCUAAUCCUCAAGAAUCCGAGUACUUUUACGAUGAUUACAUCGAUUAUCCAUUCAAUGCAAGUGCAUUAGGCGCGAAUGAGAAGGACAAUUCCCACAUUGUAGAGAGGAUUCCUUUGGUCACCAAAGAAACUGAAGCUAACACAACAGGUAACGUUCCUGUUCUUUAUGCAGCUUCGUCAAAACAGAAACAACCGGAGAUACCUGCAAAAAUACCGGACUCGCCGAGUACGAGUGGUUUUACAUUUUUCGGUAUACCGUUGCCGGCUCUCAAUUUGAACAACAUCUUUAGCAAGAAACUGGACCAAACCACUCCGCGUCAAGUGGACAGAAAAUCUGCUGUUGUCAACGGAAUUAAAAUAGAUAAAAGACUGCCGGUAACUCAAAUAGGCGUAAGGAGUCAAUCUAUGCCUUCGUUGCAAACGAACAAUGGAGAUUUAGAUGUUGGUAGACUUCAACCACCUGCUGGGCCGCAAUUUCAAGGAGGAUUCUUGCCGAUGCUGCCGGGUUCUGGAGGAUUCAAGCCUAUGGUAGAUCCUAGAAUUACAACUACCAUUGCUACUGUAAAUACAAGUCCAAUAAUAUCAACUGAUCCAUCGGAUAAGCAACCGCAAGUUCAACAGAAAAACGAAACAUCCUUGGAUAAAAGAGGAUAUAACUUAGAAUUAGCCGCAAACGGAAGUUCCUUGAUCGUUUCCCUUGAUGAUACGACGAUCAUUAACAAUAGAAAUAAAAAGAGUCAGUUAGUGGACAAACUAAAUCAAACUAAACUAGACACUUCGGCUAACGUUCAAUUUUACAACAGAAGCGAAGUUCAUUAUCUCGAAAGCAUCUCAACAGUAUCAUCUACAACAAAGCAUCCUGAAAUGAAACAAACCACUGUAAGUACAACCAUAUCCACAACAAGAAAAGUUGAGAUAACAACAACAGCUAAGCCGGUGGAAAAAACAAAGUCUGGUACUUGGACUGCAACAGACACUUCUCUAAUAGGAUCAGACACUAAGGUAUCAAAAAUAACAUCAGUAGAAACACAAAUUAAAACUUUUGAAAGCAAAGGAGUCUCAACAACCACAAUUGAGCCAAAAUUGGAUCAACCGAAGGGACAUCGAAAUCGAACAGGUUCUUUACUUUCCACCUUCUUAGCACCAGUCGACCAACAACCCUAUUUGAAACCGGUGGCCAAAUCGACCAUCACGAAAGUGGUUUCUCCUCAUGGCACGGAUUCCACGUCAGCUUUAGAAAUUUCUCACGCUUCUCGUCUUCCUGCGAAUUUACCUGAUGAUCCGACGCUAGAAGAGGGCAUUAUUACUUCAACAGAGGACAGUUCCGGCAACGACUGGUACUUCGAGAACUACAACAAAAAGAACCUGGAACCAUUCGUGGCGAAAAUAGUCAAUACUUCUGGAAGCGGCGGAACGCGCGGAGAACAGGUGGCAGGAAUGUUAUGGUUAUUAGUUAUUGUAAACUUUUUAUAG